AUGUGUAACACAUGCCCUAUUUCUUCCCGCGCAUUUCGCAUCUUCCCUCAAACUCGUUCUCCGACCUGUAGGAUGAAUCGUGGAAUCUUUAGAGUUGCAAAAUAUUUUUUGAUUUUUGCAUUUGUAUUUGCAAUCAUCAAUAUAAGCUCGCAAAUGUGGCCCGUAUUUAAUGAUAUUUCUUUUAUUCGUCAUUUGGAUCAUGAUCUUAAUCCCAAGGAUCCUAUUGGGCGGAAAAUCGACUGGCAUAAUUAUGCCCAAAUAGAAUUAGAGAAAAGAAAGCACGGACCAGGAGAACACGGUUCUGCAAUCGUCAUCGAAUCAUUUGAAAAGGAAGAAAACGAUCGGAUUUUCCUUGUAAAUGGGUACAAUGGUCUCGUGAGCGACAAAAUGUCUCUGACCAGAUCUAUUAAGGACAUUCGACACCCUGAUUGCAAGAAAGCGCUCUAUUAUGAAAAUCUUCCUACGACUUCCAUAAUUAUUCCUUUUUACAAUGAACACUUAUCAACCCUUUUACGAACGGUUGAGUCGGCGAUGUUUAGAGCUCCAAAGCACUUAAUAAAAGACGUUAUACUUGUCGAUGAUGGAAGUACUAAGCCCAGUCUCAAAGGACCUCUUGAAGAAUAUUUAGCUAAUAAUUACCCUCUUGGAAAUGUUCGUGUCUUGCGUCAUAUAAAGCGAGUUGGUCUAAUGGCCGCUCGCCUGACUGGGGCACGGAAUUGUACCGGCGAAGUUAUGCUAUUUUUGGAUUCUCAUUGUGAAGUAGGCACAAAUUGGCUUCCACCUUUGCUUGAUCCUAUUGCUCAGGAUUAUAGAACGGUUGUGUGCCCUUUUAUCGACGUGAUUGAUGCUUUUACAUUCGAAUAUCGUGCACAAGAUGAAGGUGCCAGAGGAGCGUUUGAUUGGGAAUUUUUCUACAAACGUCUGCCUCGUUUGCCUGAGGAUGCUAAGCAUCCGUCCCAACCAUUUGACAGCCCGAUCAUGGCAGGUGGCCUAUUUGUCAUAAGCUCAAAAUGGUUUUGGGAACUGGGGGGGUAUGAUCCCGGUUUGAUGAUAUGGGGGGGCGAACAGUAUGAAUUGUCUUUCAAAAUAUGGAUGUGUGGGGGUAAAAUUAUUGAUACACCAUGCUCUCGCAUAGGGCACGUAUAUCGUCGGAAGUCUGUUUUUCCAAAUCCAGGGAUCGGGGAUUUCAUUGGUGUAAACUAUAGACGUGUAGCAGAAGUUUGGAUGGACGAAUACAAGGAAUAUAUUUAUGAUCGUCGCCCACAUUAUCGUGAUAUUGAUCCUGGAGAUCUCUCACAACAAAAAGCUUUGCGUCAGCGCUUGAAGUGUAAAUCGUUUGACUGGUUUAUGAAAACGGUCGCCUUUGAUCUUAUCAAACGUUAUCCUAUGAUUGAACCCAUCCCAGCAGCCAAAGGUCUCAUCCGGUCUUUUAUAAAUUCAACACUUUGCAUUGAUGGUGGUGCACUUAAAGCCAUGGAGAGUGUAAACCUCAAGCCAUGUUCUCCAAAUGCCCCUAAUCAGAAUUUUGUAGUCUCGUGGUAUGAUGAGAUUCGAGUUGAAAAAGGGUAG